GUCAUAUCAAGGCGCCGUCGAAAUUGACAGGAGGGUCCUUUUUCUACAAGAGUCGUAACCGGUGGCUCUGGAAGGUUCUGGAUGAAGCAGGAGAUAAAUCAGAAUCUGAACCCAUCUGAAGCCAAGCAGCCCCUUCCGUGUCUUGGGGUACAUCUGUCCCCAUCAAAAGUAUUUUAGUAACAUAUUCCGACGGAAAUAAGUAAGGAUGCCUGAAGCAAUGGCUGCACCGAAGAUGCUGAGUGGUGGGAUGAAAAACAAAGGACGUGGGGCAUAUGUGGACCGUGACAAGCCAGCACAGAUUCGGUUCAGUAACAUCUCCGCAGGAAAGGGUAAACUACAAAUACAGAAUUCGUAUUUCAUUGUUGGACGAAUAAAUAACUACCCCUAACGGUUGUGUUUGCCCCAGACAGUUGUCAUACCAUCAGCUGCUGCGACGACACUCCCUUUGCUAAUGAAUGAAUGAAUGCUACUGCUGGUUCAGUCUGGGCAGGGCAACCGUUAGCCACAAGUUGGUACCUAGUUAGUUAGAAUCUGUUAUAGAGCAAAUCAUUGUUCUUUACACCCUUCGUGCAGCCCCAAACACUGUGACUGGCAUUAGUGCGCUAUCUAGCAAUCAGUGGCCAGAUGAUCGUCAUUAUUGUACCCUAGCUAUGUGAGGACCAACAAUUGACAAAAUGAACUGUACUGAUGUCAUGAGCAUCCAUUUAUGUACUCUUUAACCAAUAUAAUAUUUUGGGUUCUUGUCCCCCUCAGUAGUCAAGCAGUAAACAUUGUCCAUAAAAGGUAUCCUAAUGUUAGAGGGGCGGGUCGUCUUUGUGGAAGUAACAGAUUUUUUUUGGUUUGACAGCUGUUGCUGAAUGCAUCAGAACCAGCCUUGGACCUAAGGGCAUGGACAAAAUGGUAAUUAAGUGUAACCAUUUACAUCAACAUCUGUCUUGACUUCUCUUCACCAUCUCUCAAGGUUUGGUCAUUUGUCUGUAACUAAAAGAGGAAUUGAUUCUUACAGAUUCAGGAUGGGAAGGGUGAUGUGACCAUCACCAACGACGGGGCCACCAUCCUGAAACAGAUGCAGGUGCUGCACCCUGCAGCCAAGAUGGUAAGGUUCAAGAGAAAGGAGCUGGGGAUAUGUUCCCAAGUUUCUGCACUGUCAUCUACAAUUGUUGUGGCCCUUUGUUGAAAUUUUGAAUUACUGCUCUAACAUCUGGCAAGGCACUGUCAUUUGAGCUAUAAUUCAAAGCAUCUUUGGUAACUUUCCUCUCUAGCUUCUAUGUCCCUUUGAGAGAUCACCAAUAUCAGGAGUUUGACGCUAUGUUUUGCCUGUUUGUCUUUCAGAUGGUAGAGCUGUCCAAAGCCCAGGAUAUUGAGGCUGGUGACGGCACAACCUCGGUGGUGGUGAUUGCUGGUGCCCUGCUUGAUGCAUGCGGCAAGUUGCUUCAGAAGGGUAAGUGACGUGGAACCAAUUGCAUAGUUAUCAAAAGGGCAAACCCGGCACCGUUGACACUCUCCAGGACCAGGCUUGCUGACCACUGGACUACACUAUAAACUCCUAGACCAGAAUCUGUUCUAAUCUAACAGAGUCCCUGCAUCCUAAAGCUUUAAUACUAACUGCCUGUCCUCUUCUUCUCCACCAGGUAUCCACCCCACCACUAUCUCGGAGUCGUUCCAGAAGGCGGUGGACAAGGGCGUGGAGGUGCUGACGGCCAUGAGCCAGCCGGUGCUGCUGAGCGACCGUGAGACACUGCUGAACAGCGCCACCACCUCGCUGUGCUCCAAGGUAGUGUCGCAGUACUCCAGCCUGCUAGCACCGAUGAGCGUGGACGCCGUGAUGCGCGUCAUCGACCCGGCCACCGCCACCGGCGUGGACCUGCACGAUAUCCACAUUGUCAAGAAGCUGGGGUGAGGAGGGAGGGGAAGGGUGGUGGGUCCAGAUUAUGUGUUCACUACUGUAAAUUGUUCUGGAUAAGAGCGUCUGCUAAAUGACUAAAAUGUAAGUGUUUAGUUAGGAUUACAAACAGGGUUGUUUGCAGGAUUGACUUCUGGGUCAUGUUCAUUAGGGCACGCAACAGGAAAUGUUAAAACGUUUUACUACGGAACAUUUUCUUAUUGGAAAAGUCCAGGUAGUCCCUCCCUUUAGCAGUUCCUUUUCUGCCAGUUGGUGCCUAAUGAACAUGAUCCAGCAGUAUACCAUAGGCUACUAAUGUAGGAUCAGUGUGAUACCAUACCUUUCCUAAAGCUUCUGACAGCUUCCAACAGUUGAAGGUCAGUUUGGAUAGGCACAUUUUCACUCCCCAGUUCUCUCUCUGUGGGGACGUGGACAUGUCUGAUGUGCCAGAUCAAUCUCAGGCGGUCAAUUAGCAGAAUGGCUCCACUUUGCUUUCCCUGCCAGUCACCUUCUGACAAUGUAUCACAACAAAAACAUAAUUGUGUAACCAGCAACAAAUCAAAACUAAUGUCCUACUUGAGUGUUUAUCAAUGGCUUGCGCAUGGCUAGACAAAUGAAACUGAUCUCAAUCGACAAUGCAAAUGAUUGCACUUUUUCGUUAAUGAUUUUGCCUUGGUCCAAGAGCCUUUGUUUGGAAUCAGCCAGGUAGACACUGCUGCCCCUGAUUUUCCGCCCAUAAUAAUGAUCUGUGUGUUUCUCUGCAGUGGGACCAUUGAUGACUGUGAGCUGGUGGACGGCCUGGUGCUGACCCAGAAGGUGGUCAACUCCAGCGUGUCCCGUGUGGAGAAGGCCAAGAUCGCCCUCAUCCAGUUCUGCUUGUCCCCGCCCAAAACCGACGUAAGACCAUCAGAAUCGCUAACUGUUUAUGUCUCGGUGAAAUUGACUUCCAUGUACGUCAGUCAGUGUUCUUGAUGUUAUGGUGGACUACUGUAGCAUUUUAUCUGUUACCCUCAAUCAUUUAAUUUUCUUACAAUUGUUUUGUUGUUAUUUUGUCUCUCCAUAUGUGUUUAUUUGUGGUCCCUCUCGCGUGUUGUCUCCAGAUGGACAACCAGAUAGUGGUGUCGGACUAUGCCCAGAUGGACCGCGUGCUGCGCGAGGAGCGCGCCUACAUCCUAAACCUGGUCAAACAGAUCAAGAAGGCGGGCUGCAAUGUCCUGCUCAUCCAGAAGUCCAUCCUCAGGUAACACCCAAUGCAUUACCGUCACAUCACCGUAACGUAAUCAAUUCACUUUGGCCAAUCGCCCACACAAUAUCUAGAAAUGUAUUUGUGAGAGUAAUCAAUAGAAGGGCAAGUAUUGGCACUGUUACCAUGUGUUCAUCUGUAUAUUAGACUCUUCCCAUAGGUGGACCUCUGUCUGCAUCUCUAUUUAUGGAUGACGUGAAGAGGUAGACAUGGUUAAAUGAUAGUCCCACACUUCUUUCAGAGAUGCUCUGAGCGAUCUGGCCCUCCACUUCCUGAACAAGAUGAAGAUCAUGGUGGUCAAGGAGAUCGAGAGGGAGGACAUUGAAUUCAUCUGCAAGGUAAAACAAAAUAACAUUGUAUUGGUCUUGACUUUGUAGAUCAUGUUCUGCAACAGCCAAAUGCUGACUGUUGAAGCUGAACUAACCUUGCCCCCCCCCCCCUACAGACCAUUGGCACCAAGCCCAUCGCCCACAUUGAUCAGUUCCUUCCAGAGAUGAUGGGCACCGCCGAGCUGGCAGAGGAGGUCAGCCUGGAUGGCUCUGGCAAGCUGGUCAAGGUAUGCUAAUUCACUCAGUCUGGCUCAAUUAAUCUCUCCAAGGCUUGGCUACGGGACUGCUUUCUUGCUUCCAUCACAACUAUGCGUGUGGCGAAAAGACUCGUCAAAAUACCCAUGUUUUAUCCUAAUGAUAAUACCCUUGUGUUAUUUGUUAAUGGUCAUUGAAAACAGUGACGAUUUUAGGGAUUGCAUGUAGCCUAUGUGUAUUCCAACCUCCAUAAAUGAAAUUGUGAAAGUUCUUUGCUGUAAAUGUUUGUUGUAAUAUCAAUUUGAAUGUUUUAGAAAAGCUUAUUCUAAGAUAACAUUGGCAUGUGUCUGAUCUCCAUUUCCCAUUGAAAGUGAAUUCAUGCUGUUUCUCUCUGGCCUGUUCCUCUCCAUAGAUCACAGGCUGCACCAGCCCCGGUAAGACGGUGAGCAUCGUGGUGCGCGGCUCCAACAAGCUGGUGAUCGAGGAGGCGGAGCGCUCCAUCCACGACGCUCUGUGUGUCAUCCGCUGCCUGGUGAAGAAGAGGUACGGUACUGCAGCCAUUCUGGUCAGCUGUCUGACCAACACCAACACUCUGUAGACUCAUGCAGUGAUAGAUGUGUAAUAAUUACAUAGAAAAGUAAGCACCAAUCCCUCUAAGCUUUGCCCACUCGUGGCUGUCCGUGUCACAAGUGGCCAUUUCUGGGGGACAGAGCAACCCUCUCUUCAACCUGGGUCAGGGGCUUCACCCCUGGCUCUGGACCUGUUGAGAGGAACACACUCCUCUGAAGGACUACAACUACACCUAAAAUGGCUGUGAAGGAUGUGCACUUUGUCCUUUUUAAUGUGCUUAACAGAUCUUGUGAUCAAUCCCAAUUGACCUUGACACCAACCAUUUGAUAUUUCCGUUUUGAUAUCAUCCAGUUUUGUCAGAUCUAAAACGCCCUCUUUUAUAACAGAAGAAAGAGGGAAAAGAAGUGGGUACCAAAGUAUCUAAGACCAGCUAACCAGUCAUUUGCUAUAAACCAUUUUCUAUGCAUUCAAUAAAUUCCUUGUUUGGUUAACUUAUCUAUAUCAGUGGGGUGCGUCUCAAUCCCCGUAUCCUUCACUCAAUCUGCACUGAUCUGAAAAUGUAGAACUAUAGCCUAGAGCUAGGACGAUAAACCGAAAAUUAUCGACACCGACUAUACCGACCACUUAUCGUGGGCAUUUUGUGGAUAUCGUUUAUUAUGAUAAGUAGCCUAUACUAGAGAAAUGUGAAGUUUGACAUAAAAAAAGUUUGCUAAUAUGGGUGACUGUAAAUAGGACAAUUGAUAGCUACAUUUAAACUAUUCGUUUUUAAAGGGGUAAUACAAACUGUGGUUCACAUUCAUGUUGUAAAUUUCUCGUUCGCAUAUUAAUAAAAUCAAUUCAUUGCAAUAUGGAUUUAUGUCCCUAUUGAUCAGCUCUACCACAUCCUAUUUGAUAUUUGCUUUCAUCAGUUUGUUUAACAUCAGAAUGGCGCAAAAGCCCAUUUUGUUUAAUCUCUUCACCUUGACUGAUGCCUUUUCUCUUCCUCCCAGGGCUCUGAUCGCCGGUGGCGGUGCCCCUGAGAUCGAGCUGGCCCUGCGUCUGGCUGAGUACUCCCGCACGCUGCCAGGCAUGGAGGCGUACUGCGUGAGGGCCUACGCAGACGCCCUGGAGGUGGUGCCGUCCACACUGGCCGAGAACGCCGGCCUCAACCCCAUCUCCACUGUCACAGAGCUCCGCAAUAGGCACGCCCAAGGCGAGAAGACUGCCGGGAUCAACGUCCGCAAGGUACAGCCCUGCCACGCUCUCCUGAAUUCUGUUUGAUUUUAUGCUUAUUUUCACCCUGCCGUAGUUGGUUCUCAGGCUGCAACGUUGAACAUUCAGAUUUAGAACCAAUGUGAUUGUCUCGUGAGGCUAGAGUCACGCCUUGACGACACCUCAUUGUCCUGGUGUACUAGAGUGCUCACAGUAAACGUAUUUGCCUAGUCAUUGACUAGUUCCCUUGUGGCCCAGCCAAUCACCAGCUCGGAUACAGAACCUCCAUUUUGACAGUUUUUGUCAUUUAAGAUUUACAUUACUACAGUUGCGUACUAGAUAUGUGAUUGUCUAUCAUGUAGAAUAGGGAAUUGACUCGUCUCCACUCAAUACAUCUAUCUGCAACAUUCUAAAUGUUUCACCCCUGGUUAAACACCCUGGAGGUAACGAUCUCCCCAUUCCUCUCUCAGGGCGGUAUCUCCAACAUUCUGGAGGAGCUGGUGGUGCAGCCUCUGCUGGUGUCUGUCAGCGCUCUGACCCUCGCCACCGAGACGGUCCGCAGCAUCCUCAAGAUUGACGAUGUGGUAAGAGACCAGACCACCCUAUGGUGUCACUAGUGGAGAUCUGCCAUCUCAUUCACCUGCAUUAUGUCUUGUAUGCCCAUUUUAGUAUGGCACAACACUAUAUAAAUUGAAAGCUCCCGCUUCACUUCAACUGUGUCCUUGUAAGGUAAUACGUAUUUCCCCUUGUCUUGCAGGUGAACACCCGAUAAGGAGAUUUGUCAAUAUAGCAAGAACCCAACCUGUGUUACUGCACCUGCUUGUGCCACAAGGAGUCAUAGGACUGGCUGCUUGCUAAGACCCGUAUGUCCAGAAGUCCUCUGUAGUUGAUGCGUUCUGUAAUUUAAUAAAUGUUACUUCUUUUUUUUUGACACUCCAUGUCUUGUCUUUGUGCCUUUUGUUUACUUCUUCCUUGGGCUCCCUCAGUGACUGACCCCACUGACAAGCAGUUAAUCUUUAAAUCUCAGGCUAGUGUCAUGACACUAACGGCAUGGUGUUAACGACAGGUGGUAUUGGCAGUCAACUGUCAACCCUGGUUUGGGUAGAUAAGAUAUCACCAUGAACCAUUUACAUCAUUUAGCAGACGCUCUUAUCCAGAGCGACUUACAAAUUGGUGCAUUCAACUUAUGAUAGCCAGUGGGACAAGCACUUUAUUUUUAUUUAUUUUAUUGUGGGGGAAGAAGGUUUACUUUAUACUAUUCCAGGUAUUCCUUAAAGAGGUAGGGUUUCAAGUGUCUCCGGAAGGUGGUCAGUGACUCUGCUGUCAUGGGGGAGCUUGUUCCACCAUUGGGGUGCCAGAGCAGCGAAUAGCUUUGACUGGGCUGAGCGGGAACUGUGCUUCCGUAGGGGAGCUAGCAGGCCAGAGGUAGUGCCCUUGUUUGGGUGUAGGGUCUGAUCAGAGCCUGAAGGUAAGGAGGUGCCGUUCCCCUCACAGCUCCGUAGGCAAGCACCAUGGUCUUGUAGUAGAUGCGAGCCUCAACUGGAAGCCAGUGGCGUGUGCGGAGGAGUGGGGUGACAUGAGAGAACAUGGGAAGGUUGAACACCAGACGGGCUGCAGCGUUCUGGAUAAAUUGUAGGGAUUUAAUGGCACAGGCAGGGAGCCCAGCCAACAGCGAGUUGCAGUAAUCCAGACGGGAGAUGACAAGUGCCUGGAUUAGGACCUGUGCCGCUUCCUGUGUAAGGUAGGGUCGUACUCUGCGAAUGUUGUAGAGCAUGAACCUACAGGAUCGGGUCACUGCUUUGAUGUUAGCGGAGAACGACAGGGUGUUGUCCAGGGUCACGCCAAGGUUCUUUGCACUCUGGGAGGAGGACACAAUGGAGUUGUCAACCGUGAUGGCGUGAUCAUAGAGUGGGCAGUCCUUCCCCGGGAGGAAGAGCAGCUCCAUCUUGCCAAGGUUCAGCUUGAGGUGGUGAUCUGACAUCCACACUGAUAUGUCUGCCAGACAUGCAGAGAUGCGAUUCGCCACCUGGUUAUCAGAAGAGGGAAAGGAGAAAAUUAAUUGUCGUCUGCGUAGCAAUGAUAGGAGAGACCAUGUGAGGAUAUGACCGUGCCAAGUGACUUGGUGUAUAGAGAGAAUAGGAGAGGGCCUAGAACUGAGCCCUGGGGGACAUCAGUGGUGAGAGCACGUGGUGCGGAUACAGAUUCUCGCCACGCCACCUGGUAGGAGCGACCUGUUAGGACGCAAUCCAAGAGUGAGCAGCGCCGGAGAUGCCCAACUCGGAGAGGGUGGAGAGGAGGAUCUGAUGGUUCACAGUAUCAAAGGCAGCGGAUAGGUCUAGAAGGAUAAGAGCAGAGGAGAGCCUCCGUGACACAGAGAAGAGCAGUCUCAGUUGAAUGACCAGUCUUGAAACCUGACUGGUUUGGAUCAAGAAGGUCAUUCUGAGAGAGAUAGCAGGAGAGUUGGCUAGAGACGGCACGCUCAAGAGUUUUGGAGAGAAAAGAAAGAAGGGAUACUGGUCUGUAGUUGUUGACAUCGGAGGGAUCGAGUGUAGGAUUUUUGAGGAGGGGUGCAACUCUCGCUUUCUUGAAGACGGAAGGGACAUGGCCAGCGGUCAAGGAUGAGUUGAUGAGCGAGGUGAGGUAAGGGAGAAGGUUUCCGGAAAUGGUCUGGAGAAGAGGGGAGGGGGUAGGGUCAAGCGGGCAGGUUGUUGGGUGGCCGGCCGUCACAAGUCGCAAGAUUUCAUCUGGAAAGAGAGGGGAGAAAAGUCAAAGGGUAGGGUAGUGUGAGCAGGGUGUCAUUUGACUUAAUAAAUGAGGAUCGGAUGUCGUCAACCUUUUCAAAAUGGUUGACGAAGUCAUCCACAUAGAGGGAGGAGGAGGAGGAUUCAGCAGGGAGGAGAAGGUGGCAAAGAGCUUCCUAGGGUUAGAGGCAGAGGCUUGAAAUUUAGAGUGGUAGAAAGUGGCUUUAGCAGCGGAAACAGAGGAAGAGAAUGUAGAGAGGAGGGAGUCUAGUUUUCCUCCAUUUACGCUCGGCUGCCCGGAGCCCUCUUCUGUGAGCUCGCAAUGAGUCGUCAAGCCACAGAGCAGGAGGGGAGGACCGAGCCGGCCGGGAGGAUAGGGGACAUAGAAAGUUAAAAGAUGCAGAAAGGGAGGAGAGGAGGGUUGAGGAGGCAGAAUCAGGAGAUCGGAGGGAGAAGGAUUUAGCAGAGGGAAGAGAUGAUAGGAUGGAAGAGGAGAGAGAGGGCGAAGGUUGCGACGGCACAUUGCCAUCAGAGUAGGGGCAGAGUGAGUAGUGUUGGAGGAGAGCGAGAGAGAAAAGGAUACAAAGUAGUGGUCGGAGACUUGGAGGGGAGUUGCAGUGAGAUUAGUAGAAGAACAGCAUCUAGUAAAGAUGAGGUCAAGCUUAUUGCCUGCCUUGUGUGUAGGGGAGGACAGUGAGCGGGUGAGGUCAAAAGAGGAAAGGAGUGGAAAGAAGGAGGCAGAGAGAAAUGAGUCAAAGGCAGACGUAGGGAGGUUAAAGUCACCCAGAACUGUGUGGGGUGAGCCAUCCUCAGGAAAGGAACUUAUCAAGGCGUCAAGCUCAUUGAUGAACUCUCUAAGGGAACAGGGAUAGACAGACACAUAGUUGACAGGCUACAGAAAAAGGCUACAAUAAUGCAAAGGAGAUCGGAAUGAAAUGAACUAAACAUCUGGGAAAGCGAGAGAGCGGGGCCUCCCUCACUUACGUUUCACUGAAACACUCAAAUAUAACUUUCCCAACUUCCACUUUAGAAAUUAUAAUUGUUGUAAACUACAGCGGUUCAAUGUUUUCUAGGAAUAGACUCUAACUUAGUUUAUUCAACUAGCUAACGUGGUACAGUAUUCCUUCGUGAAAACCGUCCAGGGCACCGAAUCCUAUGACGCCAUAGCAACUAGCAUGCCAGCCUCCAAUAACACGGUUUAGCACCAAUACUCGGUUACAACAAACCACCAGUGUGUUAACACGCCAAACAGAUCAUUUGUGUCCGUGUCUAACAUUGUGUAAAGUUUUGGGUUAGUUUUGACAGUUUGAGUGAGUACUUCGUCAACUUAUUCAGCCAGUUAGUUAGCUAGAAUAGUUAGCAUACUAGCUAGCCAUUGCUCUCUGCCAACGAACCAACCCCUCCUCCCACGGCACGAAACACAGGGAGAGCCAAGCUAACGUUAACUAGUCACCCAUGUCCCGAAUUCCCUUGAACGUCUCUGGUUACCAGUUUGUAACAACAAAACAAAAAUAAAUGUAGGUUAUAAUUUACCCUUAGUAGCUACUGUUAGCCAGUUAAGUACAUAAAUCAAUCUGUGGGUCAUGCGCUCAACCUUAGUUUAUUUUAUGCCUAUAAAAACCUUAGACUGAAAGUUAUCAAUUUAGAAAUUGAAUAAAGUGUUAGGAUUAAGAAAUGCCAUGUUUUUGGCAUGAAUAAUCUGGUGGGGAAAUUACGGGAGCAUUUUAAAGCUACUGCUAAAACUUGAAUGUUGCAUGUAUACUGAACAAAAGUAUAAAUGCAACAAUUUCAAAAGAUUUGAGUGAGUUAGUUCAUAUAAGGAAA